AUGGCAGCGAGGGAACAUGGCUUUGCUCCCCUGGUGUUCCGGCUGCACGGAGGAGCUCCGCAGGUGGUACGAGAGGUGCUGCUGGAGCGUGGAUGGGAGGAACACGACGAACAAAAACAGGAGGAAGGAGAAUGGAACCUUUACUGGAGAACGUCUGCCUUCCGAAACUCAGACUAUGAAAACGUCUUGCCCUGGCAGAGACUGAACCACCAUCCCAAAAUGAUCCACAUCACACGCAAGGACUGUCUGACACGACACUUGAGAAGAAUGAAGAGUGCUCACGGCGCAGCCGCGUAUGACUUCAGUCCCGCUGCCUUUAUCUUGCCAAACGAAUACACCAAGUUUUUAGCAGCGUACAUUAGGAAUCGUACAGCUGGAAAACCUCGGUACUGGAUUUGUAAACCAGUCGAUCUGUCAAGAGGAAGAGGAAUAUUUCUGUUUGACAAUAUUAGAGACUUAACAUACGACUCUCCGGUAAUCAUACAGCGAUACAUCAGUAAGCCUCUUCUCAUUUCCGGCUACAAAUUCGACCUGCGUAUCUAUGUCUGCGUAAAAAGCUUCUCUCCUCUCAUCAUCUACAUGCACCAAGAAGGCCUUGUGCGCUUUGCCACAGAAAAAUACAACCUCGUCUCUUUAGACAACGUAUACGCUCACUUGACAAACACCAGCAUCAAUAAGUUCGGACUGUGCUACACCACAGACAAAGAACGAGUGGGAAGAGGAUGCAAGUGGACCAUGACCAAAUUUCGCAGCUUUCUUCACAACCAAGGCGUUAAUGAACGUCUCCUGUGGCGUAAGAUCAGUAACAUUGUCACGUUAACUCUCCUCACAGCUGCCCCGUCCAUUCCCUCCAGCCCAAACUGUCUGGAGCUGUUGGGGUUUGACAUCCUCAUUGACACCAGCUUUAAGCCGUGGCUCUUGGAGGUGAAUUACAGUCCCGCGCUCUCAUUGGACUGCCCCGCAGACGUAACGGUCAAGAAAGGGCUGAUCAAUGACAUCAUCGACCUGAUGAACUACAGGAUGAUUGACGGUUUCAGACAGAAUGGAUACCUCAGGAGAUAUAUGAGAUCAUGCACAGGUUGCCAUUACAUACUGACAAAAAUCCCUCCAGCGUUUCUACUACCAAAGACGUCUUCAGCUCCAAGAAGGUGGCAAAACGUCUGUGCCAAAAGAAAGAAACAGAACAUUACUUUCCCUAGUACAAAAACGACCAUUUCCAGUAGGCGUAAACAGACUCGUAUUCAUCAUGAACAAAUGUCUGACGUCUCUCAUGAUGAGGAAAUAAACGUUGAGGUAGAAUCAGAUGACUGUGAACUCACAACACUUAGAAGAGUGAGAGAGUCUUCUAGGAAUGUGCCAUCCGCUGUAUGCAAGUUACCUUCUCUUUACGUACAAAACCACAAGUCGCCAACAGCACCGUACAACCGUCCAUCUCAGGACAGAAGUAUUCCUCCUUCUCGUGUUGGCGACUUCAUACUGACGUUCCCAUUUAACGAGGUGACGUGGAAAGCGUCUCGGGAUGAUGUGGGUGUUAAGAGUGUUGUGCAUGAGAUACAAAAACUCACAAGUCGACUCGCCUCUUCUUCUAGUGAUAAAGAAAGGACUAACAUGGACAAACGUGUUGCCGUCAGGGACAGAUUUGAGGCUUUACUCUGGGGCCCGAAAAACCCACCUCUUCUCAGCGAAUGUUGUGCCUUAAAGUCACCAUGA